UAAGAAGAAGAAGAAUAAUAUAACAUAUCAAUCAAACAAAUCCUUCCACAACCAUCAACAUGAUAAUAAAGCAUCUCCCUUUCCCCACCAUACUACACUUCAAAAGCAAAAAAAAGAUACACACCACUCAUCUUAUCAUCACCAAAAAAAGCUACCCACAAACAACAGUGGCAGACGAAAGAAAGGAAAAGCUCCACCCUCAAAUUUCCCACACACACACACACACAAAAUUAUAUAGCAGUAACUAGCCAAAACCAAAAGCAAGUAGAGAAGAAAGAAAAAAAAUACGAACAAAAACAAUGUACCGGCUGAGCAACACGGUGAUCGGGUGCCUGAACCUGGCGGCACUGUUGGCGUCGAUCCCGAUCAUCGGCGCGGGGCUGUGGAUGGCUCGGAACAGCACGAGCUGCGAGAGCUUCCUCCAGACGCCGCUGCUGGUGUUGGGAUUCAUCGUGCUGGUGAUCUCGCUGGCCGGGUUCAUCGGGGCGUGCUUCCACGUCGCCUGGGCGCUGUGGGUGUACUUGGUGGUCAUGCUCUUCAUCAUCGCCGCGCUCAUGGCGCUGACGGUGUUCGGGUUCGUGGUGACGAGCCAGGGCGGCGGGGCCGGGGUUCCCGGGAGGGCGUACAGGGAGUAUCGGCUGCAGGAUUACUCGCCCUGGCUCAGGAAGCGGGUUCAGGACCCUGAUUACUGGAGGGCUGUGAGAGGCUGCAUUUUGGGGUCCAGGACUUGCGCUAAGCUUGCUGCUUGGACGCCUCUCGAUUAUGCUCAGCGUGACAUGUCCCCUGUCCAGUCGGGGUGCUGCAAGCCGCCGACGGCGUGCGACUACAACAUGGCGACGACGGUGGCGCAGGAGCAGGACUGCUACAAGUGGAACAACGCGGCGGAGUUGCUGUGCUACGAGUGCGAGUCGUGCAAGGCCGGGGUGCUGGAGGAGAUAAGGAGGGACUGGCACAAGAUGUCGGUGCUGAACGUGGUGGUGCUGGUGGCGCUCAUCGCCCUCUACUGCGUCGGCUGCUGCGCCUUCCGCAACACCCAGCGCGCCGAGUCCGAUUACCCUUACGGCGUCAACCGCAUGAGCAAGAUCCGGCCCCGCUGGGAUUACUACUGGUGGAGAUGGUGGCGCGACAGACGAGAACAGCUUUAUUAAAGAAGGGAAUUAAAGCUAUAUUAAGAAUCAGGGAAGCUGGCUCAGCAGUGAGAAGACAACUACAAGGCAAAAGCAAAGCGCCUUGUUUUGGUGGUUUCAUCAUUAGUUGGGGGCGAUCGCCAUUGUUAUUAAUUAUCACAAUCACAGCAACGGCUCGUUGUCUGGUGAAGUCUCAGGAGUGACCACCUUAUUUCACAGUCUCUCUCUCUCUCUCUCGUUCUUCAUCAAGUCUUGAACUAUCUUUCUGUCUGUACAAAAGAAUGAUUAGAGUCUAACUAGUUAAGUGGCUUCUUUCUUGGUCGUCAAUGAUUCAUUAGUCUAGUGUUUAUUGCAUGGAUAUGGAUCAUAAGUAUAUACAUAACAACAAUCUGUCAUACUUAAUACUAAUUCAACCCGAACUUAAUAAGGGUGGAAUUGUUGCCAAAUCCAACCAUGACCCUGUCACUACCCAAAAAAAAUCCGGUUUUAUAGGGUCAAACAUCCAACUUAGCCUGACCCAGCUCUAUUCUUCUUUGACCCUCUCUGACCUGUACAAGUAGGGUCCGAUUAUUGGGUCGGA